AUGCCUAGAACACAGAGAGCCAUAGCGACUCUGAUCCGAAGUGGGAUGAAACGAGUGUCUGGAACUAAACGAGGUGUUUCUGCGAUGGGCUCGGCGGGUUGUGAUGAUGUAGACGCAGUUAUCUACGCGGAUGCGAAUGCGUCCGCCGGAAAGCGCCGAUCUGGCGCAAACAAAGAAAAGGCAGUUGAAUCUGUUGAGGAAAAAUUUUAUGUGGUCUUAAGAACGUCUGAAGGCAGAGACAGGGUUGUGGUUAUUCAUCGAAGCGAAUCGCGCUACCGCUGGGUUCAUUCGGGUUCGUUCCAUGACUUAGAUCGAUACGAAGUGCUUUCUAUUAGGCGAAAGUUGUUAGAAUGGUAUGACGAAAAUCAAAGAAUUUUAGGCUGGAGAAUACCGACGCCCAAGUUUAUUGAAAAACAUUCAGACCGCUUGGAAGGUUACUUUGAUCCAGUCCGUACGACGCUCGAUCAUGCCUAUGGUGUGCUCGUUGCGGAGUUCAUGUCACAGCAAACACAGUUGGCGACGGUUUCAAAGUAUUGGAAAAGGUGGGUAGAGAAGUUUCCCACGUUGCGGGUUUUGGCAAAUGCCUCGUUGGAACAGGUCAAUGAGUACUGGGCAGGCCUUGGAUAUUACAGAAGAGCGUACGCGUUGCAUGAAUGUGCCAAAAUAAUUGUCCGCGAUUACGAUGGAGUUGUUCCUAGAACUGCCGAGGAACUUGCACAAUUACCGGGAAUUGGUCAGUACACAUCCGGGGCGAUCGCAUCUACAGCGUAUGAUCAGGUGGUUCCGAUUAUAGAUGGAAAUGUUGCUCGCGUCAUGAGUAGGUUGUGUGCGUUUGGUAUGGACUCAAAGUGUCGAGUGGCCAAGAAAUGGUUUUGGGACAGUUCUUCUAAAUUGGUUGAUCCUUCUCGUCCCGGUGAUUAUAACCAAGGGAUAAUGGAGCUAGGCGCUAUGAUUUGCACUACAAACAAUCCGAAGUGUGUGAAUAUCCUGUCAAACCACCGAAAAAAAAAAAGACCGAGAUGAAUACGUUGACAUGUGUCAUUGUGUAUUACAACAAAAGUUGGGAGGUCUGUGAGUAUCUUAUGAUUCGGCGACAAAACAAAGGAUUAU